GGACCACUAGCUAAUAUCAAACCUUCUCUUAGUUCGAGGCCAGACUCCCAGCCAGAAAGUUCCGCAAAUACGUGUGCGUUGGCCCGCUUCGGCUUACGGAGGAGAAACUUAGCAGGACUGGCAGCAAGGAGAAUGCUGAGCACGAUGAGAAGGUAUGAACAAUCGAAUCCUAGCUUUGAGGUGAUGGUGGACUGAAUUCGUGCUCUGAUAGGCUAUAACGACGGAAGCUGUUGAGCCUGUUCAUGAACCUGGAUUCAAGCGAGAGUGAUGUCGUGCAUGACUUUAACUGCCGAAGGUUGUUUGAGGAGAGACUUGAGUGGUUUCCAUGUGCCCUGUAGCAGCAAUCGAAUUGAUGUAUCUCUUUGCCUAGGGUUCCCUUUCCCAGCACGUGCGUCUUUCCUCAAUGCAAGCCUUCCGGUGCUUCUCAAGAGAACGGGUCUAAAUGACCGUGUCCCACGUAAUCAGCAACGACUACUUGACUUCCAUCUCCAGCUGUACACAUUCUUGCCUCAAAGUGGUCUCCAUAUGUUAUCUUUGGAUGCUAGCCCCCCAUGGAACAAGACCGAGAAAAUCCUAAUGUACCACCACUUGAUGAUCGGCCACAGGAUUCGAUUCUUCAACAACUCGCUAAACAUCCAGAGGGACCGUAGCAAAGAAAGCCCCAUCAUAUACAGAGGGGACUUAGGUCAAACAAGAUGGCUCGUGAAUGUUCCAACGGCUGCCGGGAGAAUGGCGGAUCCGCUUUAGAAAAUAAUAGUCAUUAAAUUGUUACUUUAAAUUUGGCUUGCCUUCCCCCAGCUU